AUGGCCAUUUGGCGUGGCUACAAAGAAGUGAAAGACUCAGCAGGUUGGGCUGCACUUGUCUUCGCUGGCAUGGGCAUAUACCGGUUCUGCAAGUACCGAGUUGGCUUCGAUAAGGAUGCCAUGCGCCGGCUACGGAAUCUGCGAAAACGUCUCGAAGUCGCGGCCGAUACCCUACAUCCCCAUUGGCGCCAGCUUUUGUCCAUAGUGGGCGAAUCGCAAACCCUUCAAUACCCUGGCCAUCCGCACGACUGGGUAGUCUUCGAAGACGGAUCAGAUCCUGUGCCACUGCGCCAAACAUAUCUGCUCCAAGACCCUUACUUUGCCUUCGAACACAUCGACGAGUCGAUCAUCGAUGAAUCAGUUUGGGGAUGCGAAGACCCACGCUGGACACCACAAUCGAGCGCAGCGACAAGACCAGGCGGAGCCUACAUCUGCGCUUUGUGUAACGAGCCGCAGUCCGACAAACCGCAAGACAACUCCUGUUUCUGUUUCCCGACCCUGUUUGGCUGUGUAAAGCGAAAGCCACCGCCUGUUCAGAUCCUGCGGACUUCCGAUGGCAGAAACAACGGUCUAGCUGCAUUGACCUCCUUCGACCGUGGUACAGCAAUCGGCGAGCUGGUUGGCCUGAUCACAAACGGUGUUAGACAUCUCGAUGUGCUGGAUAGCUCAACACCCCUGGCCAGCUAUCAGAUCUGGCAAGGAAGGGCAGGAAACUUCACUCGCUUCAUCAACCACAGCUGCAAGCCGAAUGCGCAAUGCUCUACAUUCACUUGGAUAGAUACCCAGAGGGUGGUUCUGGUCAGCAAGGGGAUAGAUGCGGGAAGAGAAAUUACAUUGGACUACGGAGACAAGUAUUGGGCUGGGCUAGACAAGAGCUGUAUAGGAGAAAUGGAAGGAUGA